UGGCCAUGCUAGCAGUCACAUCCACAUGGUGUUUAGAUCUGUGGUGUCCGGACGUCUCCUAGUCUCCUGGCUCAGCAGCAAACGGUUCAUGUUAACAGCAGCGAAGGAUGUGAAGCUUUAUUCGGUUUUAUAGCAAACACAGCAUGGCUCAGCCGGCGGAGAAAGCAUAUUACCGCUUCCUGGUGCUCUUCUUCAACUGCCUGCUGACAUUUGGCUCCUACUUCUGCUUUGACAUCCCCAGCGUUCUACAGGAUCAGUUUCAAGGGAACCUCACAUGUCCCAAUGCAACAGUGAUCAAUGGCACUGUGGACUGCGUGGAGGGGCUGGGGAUGAGUCCUCAGCAGUACAACCUUCUCUAUGCCAUAUAUGCUUGGACAAAUGCAGUGGUGGUGAUCCUGGCUGGAUUCCUGAUUGACAAAUUAGGAAAUCGAUUCGGGGUGUUUCUCUUCUCUUUUCUGUGUGUUUUGGGCUCGUCGCUGUUUGCCCUGGGUUCCCACUUCAGAGGAACUUCCUACCUGCUUCCACUCAUGCUCACAGGACGUUUAUUGUUUGGUUCAGGCAAUGGAUCUUUGACCAUUGUACAGAACCGCAUCACAGCCUUCUGGUUCAAAGGGAAGGAGCUGGCUCUGGCUUUCGGUGUGACCCUGGCCUUUUCUCGCCUGGGUUCAGUCCUCAACUUCUUCCUCACCGAGAAGUUUGAAGACAAAUAUGGCAUGCAGUGGACACUCUGGGGUGGAGCACUGCUGUGUGUCCUUGGCUGUGUUUCUGCGAUCAUAGUGAGCGCUCUGGACAAGAUCGGAAUGAGACAGCUGGGCCUCGAUGGAGCCAUCCAGGAAGAGUCCCGCAAAGUGAGGGUUCAGGAUGUGAAGCUGUUGUCUCUGAGAUACUGGCUGCUGGUCCUCACCAUCAUGUUCUUCUACAACGGCAUUUUCCCGUUCAUUGCAGACGCCAGCAAGUUCAUUCAGGAUAAAUACAGCGACUACAGCCAGAAGGAGGCUGCCUAUGUCGCGGGGGCGGUGUACGACAGCUCGCUGGUUCUCUCAGCCAUUGUGGGCAUCCUCAUAGAUUAUGUGGGACUUCGGGGUGUUUUUGCUGUGGCCUGUGCCGUCUUUACGCUGCCCGUCUUUGGACUCCUGGCCUUCACCUUCGUCCCUCCGCUGGUCUCCACCAUAUGGCUGGGAGUCACUUACUCCUUUGCAGCUUCCAGCAUGUGGCCUUCCAUUCCCCUCGUGGUUCCUCAGGCCACACUGGGAACAGCCAUGGGCCUGGCCACCUCCAUACAGAUGGUUGGGAUCGGGGUGUCCAAUCUGAUUGUUGGACAGAUUUUGGGCAGCAAAUCAAAUGAAACUAAGAUCCCAUUAUGGCGCUGGCAGAGGAUGAUGAUCUUUAUGUUGGGCAACACCAUCUGCUGCAUCGUGACCUCCGUGUUGCUCAACGUCGUUGACCACAGACAGGGUGGGACUCUGAACAAGACCACCAAGAGGUCGGGGCAGGCAGAGGGAGACUCGGAGCGAGAGCCGCUCAACCAGAGACAGGAAGAGGAAGAGCAAAAUGAGGCUAAUGGCUCUAAUGUCACAUCACGUUCUGUCAAUUCAUGAGUUUAUUUUAAAACAGCAAACUGCAGGUUUGUCUGUGCCAUUUCAUCAAAGAACAGAUGUUUUAGAAAUGUUGAUGCUGUGGAAAAAAACAUUGUGGGAAUUUUUAACGUUUUAAAAAACUGGAGUAAAAUCCUCAUUUAAAGACAAAGGUGCCUUUUUAUCAGAACAAUAUUAUGUUUUAGUGAAUUUCGUUGGAUUUAAAGGGAUGCAGUGACAGGAAAACCCGAUCAUUUUCAAAAGGACAUUUUCAUUUGGGUUAAACGACUCAAAUGUCAUAUUUACCACCAAGUUUAAACGUUUAACCCAAACACUUUCUCCAGAACCAGAUUUUUACAUUCAUUUCUUAUUCUUCUUAAGGAGGCCAUCAUGGUUCCCAGGCUCAAUUCUCUGCAAUGCACAAAUCAGCCACUAGAUGUCACUUUGUGUUAAAAAUUAAAAUUAAAUCGUGUAAAGUUUGUAUUUUGCCACAUAUUGCUAAAGUGAAACUUGUUUUUUUUUUUUUAAGAAACAGUGAACAUUUUAUAAAAAUCAGUGUGUAUUACUGUUUCGUUCGUCAACAUUAAUUUAUAAUUCGAUGCAUUUUGAAUUUUACUCUACACACUAUAAAUUAUUAUUCAUGCUAAUCUUUAUCAGAUAGGAUUGGUAGCAUCUGGGAGCUGUCAUGUUUUCUUUAGCCUACAAAAUAAUAUAAAUAAUAAUGCAGGAGGCAUGAAAACAGGUCAUUGUGAGUAUGAACGCUGAAGGAGAAAAAUUGGUGGUUUUUUUCACCUGUUCUUUACUGAAAUCUUUCUCCUGUUGCUGAGACGUUUUGGCCCCAUUGGUGACUGGAUCUUUGUUUGUUUGUGACUGUUUAGUCCGGAUCCUUUAGCCGUUUGUGGUUCUAAAUGUUUCAUGUCAGACGUUCUUAUGCUACUGAACUCGUGCACACGUUUGAAGCUUAUCAUAUUGAAUUGGUGCUCCCUCUGGCACGUGUCUCGCCACGUUUUUUUUCUCCACAGAGUUCUGCAGCGACAUCUUCAGCUUUUAGGGCCUGUUUUGAUCACCUAAUAGAAAUGCAGUUUUCUUUAACUGCACUCAUCCUGAAAGUGAAGUGAGUCUGAUUUCUGUUGGUUUCUGUUUUUCUUUAUUAAUCUCAGUAAAACCAAGCAUGUAGUUAUUAAUGUUUCCAUACAGUAUUAACACUCUUUUUUUUUUGCAUAUUAUACUAAAUGUAUUAGUUCUCUAUGUUGUCCUUAUGUGAGUUUAAAGGGAAUCGGUAUAUAUUCUGCUGAAUGAAUUGAUUAAACUGUACUUAUUUCAUAAUUGUUGCCUUUUAUGGGGACUUUAACACUACGCGUCCAUGUUGUAAUACCAGAACUAAAGACUGCAUAACUCCAUAAAUGAUUAUGUAGUAAUUUGUUGUUCUUUAGAGUUUUUCCUAGAAUAAAACUGUCACUUAUGUUUUAAA